AUUCCCCAGGCACAAAGUAAUCAAUUUGCCUGUCUCCUGCAGGAGUUGCAGAAGGCAGUUUCUCUCUCACUCUACCUACCACUCCUAAGGAUGAUCACACUUGGAUGACGAUGGAAGAAUUAGAAGCAGGAGGAAUGAAGGAAAUACUACAUGGAAUGUUACUCAAGACAAGUUGCCUAGGGAAUAUUCUGGAAAAAUGUUUUUUGGGAUUAUACUGAAGCUUAACCUCAGGAGUUCCUGUGUAAAGGGUAAAAGCCACCAGCACAGGAUUCAGAGUGCAAUGAAACAAACCAAACAAAAAAGAUACUGGAAUUAACUUCCUGUGUUGCAAGAGGGGAGGAAAAAAAAAAACCCAGGAAAGAAUCCUGACCACAAAAGCCAUGAGAGACCGUCUGCAAGAGCUCAGACUGAGGGCUAAGGAACUACAGAUGGGUGGGGAAAACAAUGGGGCAACUGUACAAGAAGAGGAGCAGGAAGAGUUUGAACAGCAGGCCAUUAUUUAUGAAAAAGAGCCCAUAACUGAAAGGCACUUGCACGAAAUCCAGAAGCUUCAGAACGAAAUUAAUAACCUGGUGGAAGAAGUCAAUAAAUUCAGCCAACAACAAAAAAGCCUCGUGUCUUCAAUGAGAAGAUUCAGCGUUCUCAAGAAGGAAUCUAACAUAGCGAGGGAAAUCAAACUGCAAGCAGAACACGUCCGCAGAGGUUUGGAUGAGCUGUCAAAAGCAGUGAGGAAAGCUGAGAACGAGCACGGGCCGGCCCGAGCCACGGUGAGGAUCCUGGCGGCCCAGCACGCCUUCCUGUCCCACCGCUACCUGCAGGCCAUGCUCUCCUACAACGAGGCCAUCACCGCCAAGCAGGACAAGUGCAGGACCUUCAUCCUCCGCCAGCUUGAGGUGGCUGGGAAAGAGGUGUCUGAGGAGGAGGUCAAUGACAUGCUCCAGCAAGGAAAAUGGGAGAUUUUCAAUGAAAAUCUGCUCACUGAAGUCAAGAUUACUAAAGCUCAGCUGUCAGAGAUUGAGCAGAGACACAAAGAACUGGUCAAUCUGGAGAACCAGAUCAAAGAUGUGAAAGAACUCUUUAUCCAGAUCUCCCUUCUGGUGGAGGAGCAAGGGCAGAUGAUCAACAACAUAGAAAUCUACAUGAAUAACGCUCAAGAAUAUACUCAAGCAUCUAAAGAAAAGUUUGGGCUUGCAGUCAGGUAUAAAAGAAGAAACCCUUGCAAAGCAAUUUGCUGCUGGUGUUGUCCAUGCUGCAGAUGACAGCAGAAAUGAACUGUUUGAAAUAUCAGUGGUUCCUCCACACCAAACUGAUCUUGGAAAGCCCUCUUGGGAUCCCUCAACUGCUUCACUUUUCUUCCCAUUUUCCCUUCAGCAGAGCUCUCAGGAAAAACUGCAUCCAUCUUUCAAGAAAGAGUAAAGAAUUUUAUGGUUUUCACAGAAAUACGUGAACUACAGGAAAGGAUCAAAGGAUGAAAGUGACAUUUUUUUUGGUUCUUAUAUUAGAAGUUCUAAAGUUUAGUUUGGUUGUUCAAACUAAAACAGUGUGGCAACAAACUCCCUGUGCUGUUGGGAGGCAUUGAAAAUAUUGUUAAUCUCAAAGACAGGAUUCAUGAAAAAGUUUUACUUACUUUUCACAAAAUAAUAAUAAGUAUUUUUAAUUGC